AGAAGGUGUGAAGAAUGGUGCAUGGGCUUUCGGCUUCCUCCGGCUGUGUCAAUGAUGUGUAAUUUAUACAACAAUGAACGUUGAAUAUCCCGAUGUUUCUGUUCGGAGCCGGCGCAAGGGGCUCCUACAUCUUUGUAAGGCCGACGGCGUCCGUCGCACUAUUGCUUCCGUGGCGAGACCUCCGACGGAGACUACUGAGCUUCGAAAGCUUUAGGCCUAUAUUUAAACACCUAUGCUGCUAGGGACUUCGGUGCACUAGGCUUGCGUCUUUUCAACCCCCACACUACUACUAUCAACUCCCACAACGAAACAUGCUCUUUUCUGUGGUUUUGAGUGCAUUGGCGGGGUAUUGUUUACUACAGCUGUGGAAAUUUUUUUGGGGUGGUGCUUCUUUCCUUCGUCACGUUCCUAGCCCGAAAGGAGGGGGUUUUAUUCUUGGUAACCUCAGAGAAGUGCUAGCGAACAACCCCGAUGGUGUCUAUGAGCGCUGGUUUCAACAGUACGGACCCACGUUAUCGUAUAGAGGAAUCUUUGCAACGAGGAAUCUUUUGACCAUUGACACGAAAGCAAUAGCCCAUGUUCUGUUCAAUGCAUACGACUACCCCAAGCCUUCUAUGACGCGCAAACUUCUAGGUGAAGUUGCUGGUGAAGGCAUUCUUACAGUGGAAGGUAGCAAGCAUAAACAGCAGCGUAAAAUUAUGAAUCCAGCGUUUUCUAAUGCUAACAUCCGCGAGUUUCAUGAAGUGUUUCUGGAUAAAGCCAUCCAGCUUCAGCAGAUAUGGACGGUAGAAUGUCUCAAGUCUUCAGGGAAAGCACGAAUCGAUACCGUAUCGUGGCUCACUCGUCUGACGUUGGAUAUCAUAGCCCGCACUGGGUUUAAUCACAAACUCGACUCUCUAAACAUAAACGAUACACAUAAUGAAGUUCAUCAGGCUCUUGUCGAACUACUACGUGUAGCCAACGAAAGUCGACCUACACGUAUACUCUACGCUCGGUUUCCCGUCUUGAAAUGGAUUCCCAGUCAGAGUAAAGCUCGACUACAAGCUAUUCAGGAUACUCUGGUUCGUCUUGGCGGGCAGUUGCUAGCAGAUGCCAAGGUAGCGGGUGACGCAGAGAAAGGGGAUAACAAAGAUCUACUUUCUUUGCUCGUCCGGGCCAAUGCUUCACCGGACGUUCCUAUCAAUCAGCGCAUGAAUGAGGCAGAUGUUCUUUCACAGGUCCCAACCUUCUUGCUUGCCGGACAUGAAACAACGAGCACUGCUGUGACAUGGACUAUUUAUUACCUGUGUCGAUACCUCGACGUCCAGACCAAGCUUCGCCAAGAGCUUCUUGCUGUACCCACAAGCACACCGACGGCAGAGGAGUUAAAUGGGCUACCGUAUCUGGAUUGGGUCGUUAAGGAGACCAUGAGAGUGCGGCCUCCCGUCCCUUCGACGAUACGCGUUGCAGCCAAAGACGAUGUGAUACCUCUGCGGCAUCCAUUCCGAGAUAACAGAGGCAUAUUGCACGAUUCCAUCUUGGUUAAGAAAGGCGAGAUGAUCACCAUUCCCAUAAUGGCAUUAAAUCGAGAUAAAUCUUUGUGGGGUGAGGAUGCGGAAGACUAUCGGCCGGAACGGUGGGAGAAGGUCCCUGAAGCUGUGCACACGAUUCCGGGAGUGUGGGGUAAUAUGAUGACCUUUAUUGGAGGACCCCGAUCGUGUAUUGGUUACCGUUUUGCAAUCGCUGAGUUAUCUUGUUUACCAUUAUUCGAGGGUUCGAGAUGGAACUAGCGGUGCCAUAUGAAGACAUCAUCGUGAAAGCUUCCGCCGUCCAACGACCAAUACUGAAAAAUAGUCCAGCCGAUGGUCCUCAGUUGCCUGUAUUUGUUAAAGUCUAUCAACACGAAGGAUAGCGACGCCACUACGAACGGUUAUAAUGUUUGUAAGUGUUAGAUAUAUAUAAUAAUGUCCAUUAUAACUACAUCCGACAAAAACAUGGCGUCCUG